AUGUUCAAUAUUUGGUUAUUAUCGCUGUUUAUUGGUCAAAUAUCAGCUAUUGCAUACAAUCUCCCGAAAUUUUGUGCAAAUGCAACAUGGAAUCCUACGGCUAUAACUUUUGCUGAUAGUACUAUAGUUGGUACAUAUCCUUAUGGAGUUUUUGUCGAUACAAAUAAUACGGUUUAUAUAGCUGAUAGAGCAAACAAUCGAGUGCAAAUUUGGGCUAACAAUAGUGCAACACCGACAAGGUCUAUCUCGGGUGGUUUAAACACAUCCUUUAACCUUUUCGUCACAGAUAAUAGUGAUAUUUAUGUUGAUAAUGGUUAUGCAAAUAAUCGAGUGGAUAAAUGGGCAUUUAAUUCAACAAGUAGUGUUCCAGCAAUGUAUAAUUGUGGACCAUGUUUUAGUCUUUUUAUUGAUAUUAAUAAUAUGCUUUACUGCUCACUGUACAAUGCUAAUAAAGUUAUUGCAAAAUCAUUGAAUACAAAUUUAAAUAUUUGGAAUACUGUUGCUGGAACAGGAACUGUUGGAUCAACACCGUCUAUGCUUAAUGCACCAUGUGAUAUCUUUGUCGAUAGUAAUUUAAAUUUAUAUGUGGCUGACAAUAAUAACAAUCGAAUUCAAAAAUUUGGAUCAGGACAAUUAAAUGGAACAACAAUAUCAACAGGAACUAUCACACUUAGUCAUCCAACUGGAGUUAUUCUUGAUUUUGAUGGAUAUCUCUUUAUUGUUGAUCAAGGUAACUAUCGUCUUAUCGGUUCAGGACCUUAUGGAUAUCGAUGUAUAGCAGCAUGUUCUGGAAAUUGGGGGUCAUCAUCUACUCAAUUAAAUGCUCCAUACUCAAUACGUUUUGAUAGUUAUGGAAAUAUAUUUAUUAGCGAUUUAUUUAACAAUCGAAUUCAAAAAUUUUUCUUGGUGACAAAUGGAUGCAAUGGAACAACAACAUCAAUGACAACAAUGUCUAGUGGAAUAUCAAUGAAUAGUACUCAAUCAGUUCCGUUAUUAACAUCUACCUAUGGAACAAGUUCUACAACUAUAUCUUCUUCGACACGUCUUUCGUACAACCGACCAAAAUUUAGUGCUUAUGCUACUUGGAGUUCUAAUGGAGUAACUCUUUUCAACACUAGUACAAUUGGACAAUAUCCAUAUGGUCUAUUCGUUGAUACUAACAAUACUCUAUAUGUAUGUGAAUGGAAUCAAAAUAUGAUUCAAGUAUGGCUUGAAAAUAGUAGCAUACCUAUAAGAACUAUUAGUGGUGGCUUAUCCUAUCCCUAUACUAUGUUCGUUACAGUUAACGGUGACGUUUAUGUUGAUAAUGGUGAUUCAAAUAGUCAAGUCGAUAAAUGGGCAGUAAAUACAACGGUUGGUGUUCCAGUAAUGAUUGUCAAAGCCGCAUGUUGGGGUCUUUUUGUUGAUAUUUAUAAUAAUAUUUAUUGUUCGCAAUAUGCAUAUCAUCAAGUUGUCACAAAAUCAUUAAAUAGUCGUUCAAAUAUGUGGAUAGUUGCUGCUGGUACGGACUGUUCAGGAUCAAUAUCAAAUACACUUUAUUAUCCUCGUGGAAUUUAUGUUGAUACAGAUUUAAAUUUAUAUGUUGCUGAUUGUGGUAAUAAUAGAAUUCAAUUGUUUUUAUCAAACCAAUUAAAUAGUAUUACAGUAGCUGGUACUGGAGCACCAUCAACUAUUGAUCUUGUUGGUCCUAGUGGAGUUGUUGUUGAUGGUAAUGGUUAUCUUUUUAUUACGGAUACUGGCAAUCAGCGUAUUGUUGGUUCAGGACCAAAUGGAUUUCGUUGUUUAGUAGGAUGUUCAAGAGUUCUGGGUUCGGCAUCUAAUCAAUUAUACUAUCCGAUGACUUUAAGUUUUGAUAGUCAUGGAAAUAUGUUUAUUACCGAUGACUUUAAUUAUCGAAUUCAAAAAUUUUAUAUAACAAGUAAUAUUUAUAAAAAUAUUUCAUUUGAUGAAGAUGUUGGAACAAUGAUACCAAUGCCUUUUGAUUUAUUUUUAAUUUUAGGUACAACUAUCAAUCAACCAAGCUUCUGUCCAUCUACAACUUGGUAUACAGAUGGGAUUACAUUUGCUAACAGUAGUACGGUUGGAACAAAUUCAUAUGGUGUUUUCGUUAGUAUUAAUAAUACUGUUUAUGUCGCUAAUCAACAAACUAAUAAGGUUGUAGUAUGGUUCGAAGGAAGUAUUAAUCCAGAUAAAAUUCUUUCUGGUAGUCUGAAUACACCAUUUGAUCUUUUUGUUACUCCUGUAGGUGAUAUAUAUGUUGACAAUGGUGCAUUUAACAGUCGAGUUGAUAAAUUUUCAUUGAACUCAAGUAUAAGUACUUCUGUAAUGUCAGUUCCUUAUGCAUGUACUGGUAUUUUUGUUGACAUUAGUAAUACUCUUUAUUGUUCAGCAUUUACCUCUAAUCAAGUUGUGAAGAGAUGGCUAAAUGAUAAUGUACUUACAUCAACUAUUGUUGCUGGCAACGGUACAACUGGAUCAACAGCAACUAUGCUUAAUGCGCCUAUUGGAAUUUUUGUCGAUGCUAAAUUUAAUUUAUAUGUUGCAGAUUCUAAUAAUCAUAGAAUACAAAUGUUUCCUGUUGGACAAUUAACUGGAAUAACUGUAGCAGGAGCUAGUGCACCAGGAACUAUUACACUUUUUGAGCCAAAUGGUAUUACAUUAGAUGGUAAUGGAUAUCUUUUUAUUGCCGAUUGUUUUAAUCAUCGAAUAGUUGGAUCAGGACCAUAUGGUUUUCGAUGUUUGUUUGGAUGUACGACAAUACCUGGUUCUGCAUCAAAUCAAUUAAAUUAUCCAGGAACUUUAAGAUUUGAUAGUUAUGGAAAUCUAUUUGUUGCUGAUAGAUUUAACAGUCGCGUGCAAAAGUUUAUAUUAGCAUCAAAUUCAUGUAGUCUUUCUUAUAAUCAACCAACAUUGUGUUUUAAUGCUUCGUGGUAUUCUAAUGCAUCAACUUUUGCAUCAAGUAGUACAACUGGUUCAUUACCUUAUGGUAUUUUCAUUGAUGGAAUUAAUACUGUUUAUAUACCUAAUCGAGUUAGUAACACUAUUUUAUCAUGGGCUCAAGGAAGUAAUACAUCAACAAGCAAUAGUUAUAGUAGUUUAAGUAAUCCAUAUAGUCUUUUUAUGUCUAUGACUGGUGAUAUUUAUAUUGAUAAUGGUUAUUCAUAUGGUCGAGUCGAUAAAUAUACAUUUAAUACAUCAAAUCGUGUUACUGUUAUGAAUGUCAAUGGAAGUUGUUAUGGUUUGUUUAUUGAUAUUAAUAAUAAUAUUUAUUGUUCACUUAAAUAUCUUCAUCAAGUUGUUAAACUCUUACUUAAUAAUGGUACAACCAUCCCGAUAAUUGCAGCCGGUAAUGGUUCUGCUGGAUCACUAUCAAAUAUGCUUAAUUCUCCUCAAGGGAUCUAUGUUGAUAGUAAUUUAAACCUAUAUAUUGCAGACUGUGCUAACAAUCGUAUUCAAUUUGUUCAAACUGGCCAGUUAAAUGGAGUGGCAAUCGUUGGUAAUGGAUCAUCAACAAAUAUUAUACUUAACUAUCCAACUGGAAUUGUUCUUGAUGCUAAUGGUUAUUUAUUUAUUGUCGAUAGUUAUAAUCAUCGCAUUGUUGCUUCAAGUUAUUAUGGUUUUCGAUGUAUCGUCGGAUGCUCAGGAGGUGGCUCAACUAUGUAUCAAUUAUCUUUUCCACAAAGUAUGGCUUUUGAUAGCUACGGAAAUAUAUAUGUUACUGAUCGAAAUAAUAGUCGAGUGCAACAAUUCACUCUGCAAACUAAUAGUAACUGCAGUAAGUUAUUUUCAUAUAAUGAAAUAUUAUGA